AUGCUGAAGAAGCAGUCUGCAGGGCUUGUGCUGUGGGGCGCCAUCCUCUUUGUGGCCUGGAACGCCCUGCUGCUCCUCUUCUUUUGGACACGCCCAGCGCCUGGCAGGCUACCCUCAGACAGUGCUCUUGAUGAUGACCCCGCCAGCCUCACCCGAGAGGUGAUCCGCCUGGCCCAGGACGCCGAGGUGGAGUUGGAGCGGCAGCGGGGCCUGUUGCAGCAGAUCAGGGAGCACCAUGCUAGGUGGAGCCAGCGGUGGAGGGUACCCACCGUGGCCCCGCCUGUCCCGCCGCGAGUGCCUGUGACCACUCCACCAGCUGUAAUCCCCAUCCUGGUCAUCGCCUGUGACCGCAGCACUGUUCGGCGCUGCCUGGACAAGCUGCUGAAUUACCGGCCUUCAGCUGAACGCUUUCCCAUCAUCGUCAGCCAGGACUGCGGUCAUGAGGAGACAGCCCAGGUUAUCGCCUCCUACGGCAACGCUGUCAUGCACAUCCGGCAGCCCGACCUGAGCACCAUUGCAGUGCCACCUGACCACCGAAAGUUCCAGGGCUACUACAAGAUUGCUCGGCACUACCGCUGGGCGCUGGGCCAGGUCUUUCACGAGUUCAAGUUCCCGGCAGCCGUGGUGGUAGAGGAUGAUCUGGAGGUGGCUCCAGACUUCUUCGAGUACUUUCAGGCCACUUACCCACUGCUGAGGGCCGACCCCUCCCUCUGGUGUGUGUCUGCCUGGAACGACAAUGGCAAGGAGCAGAUGGUGGACUCCGGCAAGCCCGAGCUGCUCUACCGCACAGACUUUUUCCCUGGCCUGGGCUGGCUGCUGUUGGCUGAACUCUGGGCUGAGCUGGAGCCCAAGUGGCCCAAGGCCUUUUGGGACGACUGGAUGCGCCGGCCAGAGCAGCGGCAGGGCCGGGCCUGCGUGCGGCCCGAAAUCUCCAGAACAAUGACCUUUGGCCGCAAAGGUGUGAGCCACGGGCAGUUCUUUGACCAGCACCUCAAGUUUAUCAAGCUGAACCAGCACUUCGUGCCCUUCACCCAGCUGGACCUGUCGUACCUGCGACAGGAGACCUACGACAGGGAUUUCCUUGCACGUGUCUAUGGUGCUCCCCUGCUGCAGGUGGAGAAAGUGAGGACCAGUGAGCGGAGCGAGCUGCAGGAGGUGCGAGUGCAGUACACGAGCAGGGACAGCUUCAAGGCCUUUGCCAAGGCCCUGGGAGUCAUGGAUGACCUCAAGUCUGGGGUCCCCAGGGCCGGCUACCGCGGCGUUGUCAGCUUCCUGUACCGGGGCCGCCGUGUCCACCUGGCCCCACCCCAGACCUGGGAGGGUUAUGAUCCUAGCUGGAAUUAG